AAAAUAGCCUUCAACAUUAGACAUUCUAAACCCAGUGUGUGCAAAUUUGGAUGAAGUACAGCAAUAUCUGCUUUGCAAAAAUAGUGCAAUGGUUAAGUUGUUAAAAUGGUCAAAUUUGUUCCCUCCUGUAUUAUGUAUGCUCUGAUGUGCCAGCAAUACACAAGAAGAUGGAUGAAGAAAACGAGGCCAACCUUUUGGCUGCUCUAACUGAGACACUGGACAGCAUCCCGAUAGAUGAGGAUGGAUUGCCAUCAUUUGAUGCACUGACAGAUGGGGAUGUGACCAGUGUCGAUGACCCUAGCUCUCCCUCAACGCCUGAUGGCACUCCCAUGACCCCGGAGGCUGAAGAGCCGUCUCUACUGAAGAAGCUCUUGCUGGCUCCAGCUAAUUCCCAAUGUACUUACAAUGAAUGCCAUGGAGGCAGCUCUCACAUCCGCGCAACCAAUAAUAACAGGAUUGGACCAAGCCCUGCUGUUGUCAAGGUGGAGGCAUCUUUGAAUCCCAAGGCAAGGAAUGUUUCACAACAGCAGAAGUCACAGGCCCAGCGUCGCCGAUGUACAGAAUUGCUCAAGUAUUUGACAGCUAACGACACCCCUCAGUCCCGGAUAAAUGAGCACAAAAUUACUAGCAAAGACAAAAACGUCUCGAAAAAGAAGAUACAGUUACAAUCCCAACCAUCAUGUAACCUCCAAGCGAGACCAACAACACUCUCUCUGCCCUUGACACCAGAAUCAUCAACUGAUCCAAAAGGUUCCCCAUUUGAAACCAAGACCAUUGAACGUACGUUGAGCGUGCAACUAUCCGGUACUGCUGGUAAGACCUCUUUUUGCUUUACUUUGCAUUAUCUGUUAAUUGUCUGUUAAAAUUGAAUCAGCAAU